AUGGAUUUAAACCCGUGUCAAGACGUAUCGGGUGAUACCAAUAGCACACCAAUGGUCAACAGCAAUCCCAUAAAUGACAGCAUAAAUUCGGCCCAUAACCAGUCCAAUACUGGUUUGAGGAAACAACAACACCAGCACCAGCAAUUGCAUUCUCAUUCUCAUUCUCAUUCACAACAAUCUCCUUACAUUAAUCAAUUGGAGUACUUUACCAAUAACCAGUUUUCACGUUCCUUUAAUAGUUUAAUUUUAGAAGACACCAAUGAUAGCAACACCAACAAUAGCUCAACAACGACCUUAAAUAAAAAAACCAUAAACAAGUCACCACCAUUCAAUAUUAAGCAGGAUUUGUUAAAUGACAGUAUUGACACGUUUCUUGAUAACUCCAAUACGGAAACGAUAGAAGAUGGAGAUGUUACAACGACAGACGACGAUAACGAUUUUGAUGAUGAGGAUAUUGAAGACCCUGACGCAGUACAGUACACACCAACUUUAGAUAUCUUGAAAUCCAAAAAGGUUGACAAUUUCAAUGUUUCUUCUAGCAACCAUAGAAAGAGUAAUAGUCAAAGUACUUACAAUCUGCACAUACGGAAGCCUUCAGAAGAAGAUACGUCUUCAUCAAUGGCUACAAUUAGAUUAUCCAACAACUCACAAAGCUCGAUUAAAAGAUCUUCCAAGUAUUUGAACUUAUCUAUUGAUUCGAAUUUGAAAACAGUUGAUGGAGGCAAAAUUCCCGAUGAAAUAGAUGAUAUUAGUUUGAAUGAAAUAGAUGUUACAGUUGCACCUAAUGAUUUCUUAUCACCACUAUCAGCAAGAAAACCAGAUAUUUUUGCUGCUAUAACUGCAGCAAAUAGCAGUUCCAAUAAUCAAUUCAAAAGACCUCACAAAUUGGUUAGUCAAUCACCAUCCCCGUCAUCAAAGAAUAAGUUCCGCAUAUCAUCAUCAGCCACAUCAUCACCACAGUAUAACUUGCAUUCACCUUCGAAGUUGGGACUGAAGGGAUUCAAAAUGUUUAAAAAUGCAAAUAGAGACGCAGUGAUGUCAUCAAGCAGAGUCAUGACUCCAGAAAAACCGAAAAUGGUAUCUAAAAUAUUUGGUAAAUCAACAAAAAUAAGGCGAGCUUAUACCCCAACCCAUACAUCAACCCCAAUGGUUGUGUCAUCACUCAACCCACCUUCGUCAUCUACACUGAAUUCAACAACAGCAGCAAUAGCAUCUACGAGUCCAAUAGCAAAUGAGCAUUUUGAUAUUGACCAUGACUUUGAUAGUCCGUCAAAAAAUAGAAAGCUGUCCAACAUAUCUGCAUCUUCAAUUAUCAUAUAUCAAGAUGAAAAUAAUAUUAAGUCAAACCAUGCCAGAAAAUCAAGUAAUCCAAUACCAUACCCUCCUACCGAACCAAUACCGACUAAUAUUCCUGUUGCUGCCGCUGAGACAGGAAAUGAUUUGGCUGCAACUGAGAGUAAUACAUCUAAAGGCUGUCCACUUUUUGAUGAUAAAGAGAAUAAAGCUUCCUAUCAAUUUGUGAAGCCAUUGCAAACUGCGUUCAAUUCCUCAGGGUUAGUAAAAAAGAACAGUAUAAGUGGUCUGCUGGACCGAAAACUACCCCCUGAAACCCCAAUCAAAAGAAACCCAUUAAUGUUGCUAAAUACCAAUAAAGCCUUACCGCCAUAUAGUAGUGGACUUGCUGAAGGUAAAGAUGUAACCUGUGGCCCACAAGAUUUGCAUUCUCAAAGCUCUUGUCAAAAUCAACGUUUUCCUGGUAGUAUAAAUACCAACACUAACAACAACAGCAACAUUCAACACAAUCAUGACAGUGAUCUUUCAAUCGAAGUUGGAAGGAAUAAUUCUUACGAUGCUAGUAGCAGCACUAUCAAUAACACAAGUUACAUCAAAAUAUUUCCUUCAUCAGAGUUAAAAAAGGAACAGAUGAUUCAGCGUUCGUCAGAGGAUUUGGGGUUAGUCUUUAAUUCGGAUAUUGAACUAGAUGAUAACAUAAUACCCGAGACACCAACAAAGAAACUGUUGCUACCGAAUCAACAUCAUCAACAACACCAUCUACCACUUUAUAUACAAUCAAAAAGUCCAUUGUUGAGGUUCGACAAUGAUAAAGACGGGAGGAAAAAUUUGUCGAUUGUUUUAGAUAAAUCAAAUGCAACUAAACGAGAAAUCAAUGAUCCACCUUCAACGCCAAUUAAUAUGUCAUUUGCCAAGAAUAAUCUCAAAAAACCCAUGAAUAAUAAUGUUGACAGAGGAGAUGAUGAUGAUGACCCUGACAACAUAAUUGCUCAACGACUAAAUAUUAUGCCACCAUUAGAUGAAAGUGACUCGGGUGCUAUUUAUCCUUCAAAGAUAGAUGAACAUUUAGUUGAGAAAUUUGGAAUGAAGAACAUUAAAUAUAUUGGAUCAGGGGCAUUUUCUAUUGCUUUUGAAUGUUUAUUUAAUAACGAAAAAUUUGCCAUCAAAAGAACUAAGAAACCACUUAUUGGUAAAUUAGAGAAACAGACUAUUAAACGUGAAAUUGAAGCAUUAAGAGUAUUGACAAGCAUUAAAGAGGAUGAAGCAACCAAUAUGCAAGAACAAGAAGAAGGGAAAGAAUAUUUAGUUUAUUUUAUUGAAGCAUGGGAUUUUAACAAUUAUUAUUACAUAAUGACAGAAUUUUGUGAAGGUGGUACAUUAUUUGAUUUCUUAGAAGAAAAUAAACAUUAUAAAAUAGAUGAAUUUAGAAUUUGGAAGAUUUUAAUUGAAAUUUUAAAUGGAUUAAAAUUUAUUCAUCUGAAAAAUUAUUUACAUUUGGAUUUAAAACCAGCAAAUAUUUUCAUUACUUUUGAAGGAUCAUUGAAAAUUGGUGAUUUUGGAUUGGCUACUAAAUUACCUAUAUUAGAGAAAGAUUUUGAUCUUGAAGGUGAUCGCAAUUAUAUUGCUCCAGAAUUAAUUAAUGAUAAAAUUUAUACUCCAUUUGCUGAUAUUUUCAGUCUUGGAUUGAUUAUAUUGGAAAUUGCUGCUAAUAUUAUUUUACCAGAUAAUGGAACCCCAUGGCGUAAAUUGAGAAGUGGAGAUUUGAGUGAUGCUGGACGAUUGUCAAGUGAUAAUAUUUCAAUGUUUUUACAACACAAUCCAAAUACCAAUAGUAAUAUCAGUGGUAGCGGAAGUGGUAGUGGUAGUGGUAGUGGCAACGGUAGUGCUGGAGAGGGAUCCACCAAUUCGACUAAUUUUAGUUAUAAUAGUAUCCUGGGCAAUUCAUUAACUUUAAAUCCACCAGUCAAAGCAAUACACGCCACAAGUAAUACUGACAAUACAUUGGCUACAGAAUUAAGUAAAAACAUUGAAGAUUUAAUUCCUACUUGGGCCCCAGAUUUUUUGGUUCAUGGAGAUCUGAUGAAUUUGGACAAGUUGGUGAAUAAAAUGUUACGACCAAAUCCAUUUGAUAGACCAAGUGCUUGUAAUAUAUUAGAAAUGCCUGAAUGUUUAAUUAUUGAAAAUCGAAGGAAAUGUGGUGCUACUAUUUUUGAAGGAGAAUUCGGUAGUCCACCUGAUGAAUAA